AUGCACUCCCUCCUCCUCCUCAGCGCCCUCCUGGCAACCCUCGCAACAGCGAACCCCAUCUCCAACACCAAACGCGAGAUCAACCCCAACACAGUCAACAUCCUCACCGCCGCCGAACUGACCACCCAACGUAACGCCCUCCUCCUCGCCCAAUCCGAAUCCGCCCCCGGUUCCAUCUACCUAUCCACUAUCAACAACUUCCCCGCCCUAGGUCCCACAGGCCUAGCAGCAGCCGUAGGCUUCGUGAACGCCUGUGGCCUCAACACGCCACACUGGCAUCCACGUGCCAACGAGUUCUUGACCGUAGUCCAAGGCACAUUGAUCGGCGCCCUUCUUCUUGAAAAUGACGGCGGGUUUGGCAACGUCGUUGGUGGCGCGCCACCCGUACGUGGUCCAUACCAACAAAUCGAGACCACAUUGUCCAACUACACGGGUAUGCUCUUCCCCAGGGGUCUCAUCCACUGGCAGUUCAACCCAGAGUGCGAGCCAGCUGUUUUUGUCGCUGGCUUCGAUAUCAACGAUCCGGGACGUGUUGAGGCUGCUCGUGGGUUCUUUUCGGGCACUCCAGAUGAGGUUCUUGAGGCGAGUGCGGGAUAUAGUGAGUUUUUAACGCCGGAGCAGGUUGCUGGGUUGAGGCCGGAGCUUACCAGUGACUUCACGGCGAUUGUGGAGAGUUGUGCGAAGAGAUGUGGGAUUCCUUAUGAGGCUCCGUCGGCUUCUUUGAGUGCUUACCCCUCUGCCACAAGUGGGUAUUAG